AUGGUAAUUGUGAGAGCUGUCAUUGCUUUGGCUGCUAUGCACCAAAGGCCCUUGUUUCAAAUGGACGUGUAUAAUGCUUUUUUUCAAGGUGAUCUUGAGGAAGAGGUGUUUAUGCAGUUUCCUCCAGGAUUUGGUAGUCAAGGGGGUGAUCAUGAUCAUUCAUUGUUUGUUUUGAAAAGAAAUUCUAGACAGGUGAUUAUCCUUGUUUAUGUUGAUGACUUGUUGAUUUCUGGAGAUGACAAGGACCUUAUACAAGAGGCAAAAGGUAUGUUACAUGCAACCUUCAAGAUCAAGGAUCUUGGACCAUUGAAGUAUUUUUUGGGAAUAGAAAUAUGCAGGUCUAAGAAGGGUAUUUUAUUAUGCCAAAGAAUGUACAUUCUAGAGCUUAUAGCUGUGUUGGGUUUGGGUGGCUGCAAGCUAACACUUACACCACUUGAGCAGAAUCAGAAGCUCACAAGCUUGGAAUAUGAUCAGCAAUGUGGUGUAGAAGAUGAUCCACCUUUACCAAAUGUGAGAGGGUACCAAAAGUUGAUAGGAAAGCUACUCUAUUUGGCACUAACUAAGUUUGACAUUGCCUAUAGUGUUCAGACUUUAAGCCAGUUCAUGCAGGCUCCUAAGAAGUCCCAUUUAGAAGCAGCACACAGGGUGGUCAGAUAUCUCAAAAAUGAGCCAGGACUUGGUGUUCUAAUGCAUGCAGAAGCAAAAGGUAUUUUGACAACAUUUUGUGAUGCUGAUUGGGAAAGUUGUCCUAACUCAAGAAGGUCUGUAACUGGUUACACUGUGAAGCUUGGUUAA